AUGGCUUCCAACAAGUUUAGUGCACUCAUUGUAAUCCUUUCUCUUCUUUCCUAUUCCACAUUUUCCCAUGCUUGUGGUUCAUGCAACCCAAAACCUAAGCCUAGUCCUCCACCAACACCUAAACCUUGUCCUCCUCCUAAGGUUAGUCCUCCUACUCCUUCAACUACACCACCUACAGCUAGUCCUCCUACUCCUUCAACUACACCACCUACGGCUAGUCCUCCUACUCCUUCAACUACACCACCUACGGCUAGUCCUCCUACUCCUUCAACAUCACAAAAAUGUCCAAAGGACACAUUAAAGCUAGGUGUUUGUUCUGAUCUUCUUGGACUUGUUAAUGUUGCUCUUGGAUCACCUGCUUCAAGCAAGUGUUGUGCAUUGAUUCAGGGCUUGGCUGAUUUGGAUGCAGCGAUUUGCCUUUGUACUGCUAUUAAGGCUAAUGUUCUUGGUAUCAACUUGAAUGUUCCUAUCACACUCAGUCUCCUACUCAGUGCUUGUGAAAAAUCUGUUCCUUCUGGUUUCCAGUGCUCAUAG